AUGCAGGCAACCUACCUACCGACUCCGAGGCAUUCUUUCCCAUCUAGUGAGCAAUUUCAAAAGAAGCUGUCGGCACCGACGAUAAGUUCACUAUCGACUGGUCUCCUUACCCCAACCUCCAACACCCACGACUACAAUUUCCGCAAUUACAUGGCACCCGUUUCAAACAAGAGAACCAACAAGAUGAGCAAUGGAAAGCGCGAUGACUCCCAAGAACCGCUUGCGGCUCGGUUCGCCAAAAAAAUAAAGCUCUCACACGAUGUACCAGAGACGAGUUCUUCGGUCAAACUCCCAGCUGCCUCUUUGAGGAUUCCUUUCCCCGAAAAGCCUGCAGUUGUUGAGGAACGAAACGGUGAAAUCGAAUUCCGCGUGGUCAACAAUGACGGCAGCCGAGAGCACAUGAUCAUAUUGACAGGCCUCAAGUGCCUGUUUCAAAAGCAACUUCCAAAGAUGCCCAAGGACUACAUUGCCCGCCUCGUCUACGAUCGCGCCCAUCUGUCGCUCGCCAUCAUCAAGAGACCGUUGGAGGUCAUAGGCGGGAUAACCUUUCGAGAGUUCCGCCAGCGGGAGUUUGCCGAGAUUGUGUUUUGUGCCGUGUCGUCCGACCAACAGGUCAAAGGAUAUGGAGCCCACCUCAUGGCCCACCUCAAGGACUACGUCAAGGCAACCUCGCCAGUGAUGCAUUUUCUCACAUACGCGGAUAAUUACGCGACAGGUUACUUUCAAAAGCAGGGCUUUUCUAAGGAGAUCACCCUCGACAAGGCCAUAUGGAUGGGUUACAUCAAGGACUACGAGGGAGGGACGCUAAUGCUCUGCUCGUUGGUCCCUCGAAUUCGAUAUCUGGAGUCCGGUCGUAUGCUUCUGAAACAAAAAGAGACCGUGCAGGCCAAGAUUAGGUCUCUGAGCAAAAGCCAUGUCGUCCAUCAGCCGCCUGCUCAAUGGAUCGUUCAGAGCAACAGCGGCGCCGCUCUUACCCCCAUCGAUCCUCUCUCCAUCCCUGCCAUUCGAGCCACAGGCUGGUCCCCAGACAUGGAUGCCUUGGCCCGUCUCCCUCGUCGCGGACCUCAUUUCAAGGAGAUAAGACGCUUCCUGUACCAGAUCCAAAACCACAAGCAGGCGUGGCCUUUUCUGGCCCCCGUUAAUAGAGAUGAAGUUCCGGACUAUUAUAAGAUUAUAGCCAACCCGAUGGAUCUCUCUACGAUAGAGGAGAGACUGGAACACGAUGCAUACGCGACACCUAAGGAUUUCGUUGCGGAUAUGAAGUUGAUUUUCAGCAAUUGUCGGAAGUACAAUGAUGCCACGACGGUCUAUGCCAAGUGUGCGGCGAAGCUGGAGAAGUACAUGUGGGGUCUGGUGAAGGAGAUCCCGGAGUGGUAUGAGCUGCUUGAGGGCCAAUGAUUUCUGUGUUUGAUUUUGGGGAGAGUUGAGGCGGGUGGUUUGAAGCUGGGUCCUGAGCGGUUUCAUACAGAGUAGCGGCAUGGUUCGGGCGUUUGUCUUUCUGUUCAACAAGGCUUCAUAGGAGUCCAACUGGUCCAGCAGCUCUUAUCCAUGUUAUGGGCUUUGUACUCAUCAUUUUCUGAUGUAAUCAACUUAUGUCAUAUUUGAAUGGUAGAGCCAUACACCGGUUUGGUCUUCGUUGUUCCUGAAACCGCAUAACCCAAGUUGGGGCCCGGGAAUCUGUUGGGGAUGUUGGAUCAUUUUGAGACUAAGCUGGUGGACGAAGAGGGAGUAAACAAUCAAUAGUAUAUAAAAAUAAUUAGCAUUGUUGAGCAAGUAUAGGUAGUUACCUCUAUCAAAUGUCCGGCCUUGCAAGGAAAAAAUAUUUCAAGAUCUUCUUUAA